AUGCUCCUGCUGAUACUCUUGGCCCUGCUGUGGGGCGGGUCCCCGGCUCAGGACCUAGGAUUCUCGCUGCAAGUGCAGAGGGUGGUGAUGGUGCAGGAGGGCCUGUGUGUGCGUGUGCCCUGCACCCUCUCCUACCCCCCGCGAGGCUGGACGGAGGAUACCCCCGCUCUUGGCUACUGGUUCCGAGCCGGGACAGACUCGAGCGUCGGAAGACCAGUGGCCACAAACGACCAGAAUCGGGCAGUGCGGACUGUGCCCCAGGAUCGAUUCCAGCUCGUUGGUGAUCCCCAGAACCGAAAUUGUUCCCUGCUGAUCAGAGAGGCCCUGGUGGAGGACUCGGCGCCGUACUUCUUUCGGGUGGAGAGAGGCCGUUACGUGCAAUACAGUUUUCUGAAAAACCAGUUCUAUCUGCAAGUGACAGCCCUGACAAAGCAGCCAGAUGUCUACGCCCCAGAGAUCCUGGAGCCAGGACACCAGGUGACACUCAUCUGUGUGUUUAACUGGACCUUUGAGGAAUGUCCAGCCCCUACUUUCUCCUGGCUGGGGGCCGCCGUCUCCGCCCCAGGACCCAGACCAACGUCCUCCUACUUCUCGGCGCUUACUCUCACGCCGAGACCCCAGGACCAUGGCACCCACCUCACCUGCCGCGUAGACUUCUCCAGGAAGGGUGUGAGCACAGAGAGAACCAUCCGACUUAAUGUCGCCUAUGCCCCCAAAGACCUGGUUAUCAGCGUUUCCCGUGCCAACACGUCAGCCCUGGAGCCCCCCGCACACAGCCCCCAUCUAGAGGCUGAGAAAGGCCAGUUCCUGCGACUGCUCUGUGCUGCAGACAGCCAGCCCCCUGCCACACUGAGCUGGGCCCUGGAGGACAGGGUCCUGUCGAGGUCCCACCCCCAGGGCUCCGGAACCCUCGAGCUGGUGCUGCCGGGGGUAAAGCCUGGGGAUUCGGGCUGCUAUACCUGCCGAGCCGAGAACAGGCUUGGCUCCCAGAGCCGCACCCUGGACCUCUCUGUGCAGUAUGCCCCAGAGAAUCUGAGAGUGAUGACCCUGCAUGCAAAUAGGACAGUCCUGGAAAACCUCGGGAAUGGCACAUCCCUCCCAGUCCUGGAGGGCCAAAGCUUGCGUCUGCUCUGUGUCACCCACAGCAACCCCCCAGCGCGGUUGAGCUGGGUCCUGGGGGGACAGACUCUGAGCCCCUCCCAGCCCACAGACCCUGGGAUCCUGGAGCUCCCUCAGAUACAAAUGGAGCAUGAAGGAGACCUCACCUGCCAAGCUCAGAACCUGCUGGGCUCCCAGCACGUCUCCCUGCAUCUCUCUGUGGUCUACCCCCCGCGGCUGCUCAGCCCCUCCUGCUCCUGGGAGGGCGAGGGGCUGCACUGCAGCUGUUCCUCCCGAGCCCAGCCGGCCCCCACCCUGCGCUGGCGGCUGGGGGAGGGGCUGCUGGAGGGGAACCACAGCAACGCCUCCUGGACCAUCACCUCCAGCUCGGCGGGGCCCUGGGCCAACAGCUCCCUGAGCCUCAGCGGGCCGCUGGGCUCUGGCCUCAGACUCAGCUGCGAGGCCCGGAACGCCCACGGGUCCCAGAGCGCCGCCUUCCUGCUGCUGCCAGGUUAG